AGAGUGUGCGCUGCCUGUCGACAAAAGAGGGGAAGGAGAGGAAAGAUGAGCUCCGUGCGUCAGGACGCACAAGGAACAGCAUAUGGCCUCUGAUCUAGCCCGAUCUAAACGGGUGAUCUCAAACCGUUGCGCUGCGCAAAGGUGAACAGUGGACAGAUUGGGGGAAAAUGCGAGGAGAAAGGCGCAUCAGACACUCCAGAGUCUGAUCUGCGCGUGCAUGCAGACGUUUAUGCGAGGGUGGCACGAUUGUUCACACCCACACCUUGUCACCAGUGGCGGACGGACUGAACUGUACUUCUGUACAGUUUAUUUUCCUCGCAGUUUACCCAUUUCGGGCUUUGCCAGCAUCGUUGCCACUCGCAGGUCGUCAUCGCAUCUACCAGGACGAUGGUGUCGUCGUUAUUUAUUUUGAUGCCCAGACGGGCUUAUUUGCGCUGCUUCUGUCCAUAAGGAUUUUCCUUCACCGUACUUAUACUUUUUAAAUCAGAUUUUUUUAUUAUAAUUAUUAUUAUUUCGCGUUUUUAUUCCCCGGUUUGUCUUUAAGAUAGCAGCCUAUUAAUAUUUAAUUCUUAUGCAUCCGCAUGAAGACGGCACCAAAGAGGAGCAAACGAGCGAUAACCGAGAGGGAGAGGGAGGCAGCUGAGGAGGCAAAGCAGAAUGAAUGAGACACUCUGAGCAUCCAAGGAGAAGGAGAUUGGAGACAUUGAGGGUCACCCUCAGGGAGGGUGUGAGCGGAGGAAAGUGCCACCCUACUCACCCGUGCCUGCUGACCACCUUUACGCUUUAGUGGCGUCCAUUUGCCCCGCUCCCUGCUAAGCUUCAAACAUGGCUCUAGCGAUCUGGAUCGUCUUCAGCUGUUCCGUGGCUUUUAGCAACAUCGCUCUGUCCUCCCAGGCUCUAAGCCGAUCAAUGAUGCCAUUUGGCCUGAUGCGCCGGGAGCUGGCAUGUGAAGGCUACCCAAUCGAGCUGCGCUGUCCGGGAAGUGAUGUCAUCAUGAUUGAGACGGCCAACUAUGGCCGCACCGAUGACAAAAUCUGUGAUGCGGAUCCUUUUCAGAUGGAGAAUGUGCAGUGUUACUUGCCUGACGCCUUCAAGAUAAUGUCACAGAGGUGUAAUAAUCGCACUCAGUGUGUGGUGGUCGCGGGGUCAGACGUGUUCCCAGACCCCUGCCCAGGGACCUACAAGUAUUUGGAGAUCCAGUAUGAGUGUGUCCCCUACAGUAAGUACUGA